CCGGCAGUUCUCGGUUAGGCACAGUCAUCUCUUGCCCACCGGAAGUGUCGCAUGCCGGCUUGUCAAAGGGGAAAUUACAAUCUUCCCUCAAACCGUAGUUGGUACAGAACACAGGAGCACGACACGGAACAUGUCCGGGGAGAUGACAAUAUUGGGUUCUGCUAUAUUGACUCUUCUGCUAGCUGGGUACUUGGCACAGCAGUAUUUGCCUAUGCCUACACCAAAAGUAAUUGGCAUAGAUCUCGGGACAACAUAUUGCUCCGUUGGUGUUUUCCACCCAGGUACUGGUGACAUAAAAGUAAUCACGGAUGAGGGCGGUCACCAGAGCAUCCCGAGUAUUGUGUCCUUUACUGAAAAAGAUAUCUUCGUGGGAUAUGAUGGUUUGGAGCUAGCUGAUUCCAAUCCUCAGAACACCAUAUAUGAUGCCAAAAGAUUUAUUGGGAAAGUCUUUACCCCAGAGGAAUUAGAAAAAGAAAGUGGAAGGUAUCCAUUCAAGGCUCUAUACAACAAUGGAGAUGUGAUAUUUUCUAUCACAACAAACGAAACCUUCACAAUAACACCGGAAUAUAUUGGAUCUCGGCUUCUCUUAAAGCUGAAGAAAAUGGCAGAAGAGUACCUUGGCCUUCCUGUUACUAAGGCUGUCAUUUCAGUACCGGCGGAGUUUGAUGAAAGACAGCGCAACUAUACCAUCAAAGCUGCCAACCUGGCUGGUUUGGACAUCCUGCGUGUCAUCAAUGAACCCACAGCCGCAGCAAUGGCUUAUGGACUUCACAAGGCCGAUGUCUUUAAUGUCCUGGUGGUGGAUUUGGGAGGAGGAACGCUGGAUGUCUCUUUGUUAAAUAAACAGGGAGGGAUGUUCUUAACACGUGCCAUGGCAGGUAACAAUAAGCUUGGAGGGCAAGACUUCAAUCAGCGACUUCUGCAAUAUUUGUAUGAUACUAUUUAUGCAAAAUAUGGGUCACUGCCUUCAAAAAAAGAAGAAAUACACAGAUUAAGACAAUCUGUGGAAGCAGCAAAAUUAAAUCUCACUAUCCAUGAUUCUUCAUGGGUGCGUGUGCCAUUAACGUUGGCCAAAACACAGCAUGUGGAUUCUUCGGAGUUAAACGAGCUGUUGGAUAACCCCGUGGAAAGCGCCACAACCCAAAAACAUUUAAAUCAGAAAGAACCUGGUUUUCAAGAAGAACACAGAGCUGGGAAGAGUAAUCUAGAAGAGCAGGUACAAUUUGAAAUUGAAAUAUCCCGUAAACUCUUCGAGACUUUAAACGAGGACCUUUUUGAGAAGAUCUUAGUGCCUGUAGAACGCGUCUUAAAAGAAGGACACGUGGAAAAGGAAGACGUUGAUGAAAUUGUACUGGUCGGUGGCUCCACGCGGAUACCACGCAUACGCCAAGUUAUCCGAGACUUUUUCUCUAAGGACCCAAACACUUCAGUGGACCCUGAUCUAGCAGUAGUGACUGGGGUGGCAAUUCAAGCUGGUAUAAUGGGGGGGGCAUGGCCUCUCCAGGUCAGCGCAAUAGAGAUUCCUAAUAGACGUUUACGGAAAAUGAACUUUAACUAA